CUCGGUGAGGCGCUCCGGUAGCAGGCAGCAUGGCGGCCGUGGAGACGCGGGUGUGCGAGACAGACGGCUGCAGUAGCGAGGCCAAGCUUCAGUGUCCCACCUGCAUUAAGCUGGGCAUCCAGGGCUCCUAUUUUUGCUCGCAGGAAUGUUUUAAAGGAAGCUGGGCUACUCACAAGUUACUGCACAAGAAAGCAAAAGAUGAAAAGGCAAAGCGAGAAGUUUCUGCUUGGACUGUAGAAGGUGAUAUUAACACUGACCCCUGGGCAGGCUACCGGUAUACUGGUAAACUUAGGCCACAUUAUCCACUGAUGCCAACAAGGCCAGUGCCAAGUUACAUUCAAAGACCAGAUUAUGCUGAUCACCCUUUAGGAAUGUCUGAAUCUGAACAAGCCCUUAAAGGUACUUCUCAAAUUAAAUUACUCUCUGCUGAAGAUAUAGAAGGAAUGCGACUUGUAUGUAGGCUCGCUAGAGAAGUUUUGGAUAUUGCUGCUGGGAUGAUUAAACCAGGUGUAACUACUGAAGAAAUAGAUCAUGCUGUUCACUUAGCAUGCAUUGCAAGAAAUUGUUAUCCUUCUCCUCUGAAUUAUUAUAAUUUUCCUAAGUCUUGUUGUACCUCAGUGAAUGAAGUUAUUUGUCAUGGAAUUCCAGACAGACGGCCCUUGCAGGAAGGUGAUAUUGUUAAUGUGGACAUCACUCUUUAUCGCAAUGGUUAUCAUGGGGACCUGAAUGAGACAUUUUUUGUUGGAGAGGUGGAUGAGGGGGCUCGGAAGCUAGUCCAGACCACAUAUGAGUGCCUGAUGCAAGCCAUCGAUGCAGUGAAACCUGGUGUUCGAUACAGAGAAUUGGGAAAUAUUAUUCAGAAGCAUGCCCAAGCAAAUGGAUUUUCAGUUGUUCGAAGCUACUGUGGACAUGGAAUCCACAAACUUUUUCAUACAGCCCCUAAUGUCCCUCACUAUGCCAAAAAUAAAGCUGUUGGAGUAAUGAAGGCAGGCCAUGUGUUUACAAUUGAACCAAUGAUUUGUGAAGGUGGGUGGCAGGAUGAGACCUGGCCAGAUGGCUGGACUGCAGUGACAAGAGACGGGAAACGCUCAGCACAGUUUGAGCACACUCUACUGGUCACGGACACUGGCUGCGAGAUCCUCACCCGGCGGUUAGAGAGUGCGCGCCCACACUUCAUGUCCCAAUUUUAGUUUCUCCAAAUGCUGGCUCAUCUCUGAGACUUCUUCUGUCUGUACUGUGCAUUUUAUUGAGAGUACAGAAAAGAAGAGGAAAUUUUUAUCACUUGUUUGUUUUGACCAUAGAUUUAAAACAGGACUAUAUAGCCUUUGAUGAGUUUCCUCAAGAACUUGUCUUGGGUCUGAAAAAACAUCGAGAAGAAAGAAUAAAGGAAAAUUACUCUUUUCAGAGCUCCCUUACCCACAGAUGAUCUCUGCACUCUGUUUACGCAUUUGCCCUUUGAGCAC